AUGGCUGCGCCCGCAGCAGCCUGCGCCUGGGUGCUCCGCUGCUGCCUCCUCCUCCUCCUCCUGGGGCUGGCGGCGACUGCCGGAGCCGCAGGGGAGGCAGCUCCCGGCGGGGACUGCGGGUGCAGCGUUAGCCGGGGCGGCGGUGGCGGGCGGGAGGUAGCAACGCGGCGAUACUCGGCGGCGGCGGCGGCGGGCGACGGACGAAGCGCUGGGCACAGUCCGAUGGUCGCUAUUCCGGGAGGAGUGUUCACAAUGGGCACUGAUGAACCUGAAAUACAGCAAGAUGGAGAAUGGCCUGCCAGAAGAGUCCACGUUAACAGUUUCUACAUGGAUCAGUAUGAGGUCAGCAAUGAGGAGUUUGAGAGAUUUGUGAAUUCUACUGGGUACGUUACUGAGGCAGAGAAAUUUGGUGAUUCCUUUGUGUUUGAGGGAAUGCUGAGUGAAGAACUGAAGGCUGACAUCCACCAGGCAGUUGCAGCUGCUCCCUGGUGGUUGCCUGUGAAGGGAGCCAACUGGAAGCACCCUGAGGGUCCUGACUCGAGUAUCUCCAACAGAAUGGAUCAUCCAGUUCUUCAUGUUUCCUGGAAUGAUGCUGUGGCAUUCUGCACAUGGGCAGGGAAACGAUUACCAACUGAGGCUGAAUGGGAAUACAGCUGUCGAGGGGGCCUUGAAAAUAGACUUUUCCCAUGGGGCAACAAGCUUCAGCCAAAAGGUCAACAUUAUGCCAAUAUCUGGCAGGGAGUGUUCCCAACUAAUAACACUGCAGAAGAUGGAUACAAAGGAACUGCGCCUGUCACUGCUUUUCCUCCCAAUGGAUAUGGCUUGUACAACAUCGUAGGGAAUGCCUGGGAAUGGACGUCUGACUGGUGGGCUGUUCAUCAUUCAACAGAUGAAGUUCACAACCCUAAAGGGCCCUCGUCGGGGACAGACAGAGUGAAGAAGGGUGGAUCCUAUAUGUGCCAUAAGUCUUACUGCUACAGGUAUCGCUGUGCGGCCCGUAGUCAAAACACUCCCGACAGCUCUGCUUCCAAUCUGGGAUUCCGCUGCGCAGCAGACACCUUGCCGGAGCUACAGUGACCAAGUGGGCUGUCGCACCGAGACGGGAAGGGCUGAAUUUCACCUCAGGCUGCAGAGAUGUGUGGAGUGUCGCUUGCUGAUGACACAGAACAGAAAAAUCUAGUGCUUAAACUUCCUGCUGAGGGGAAAAUAAAUCCAACACUACUCAACGUUGCUGGAAGAACCUUCAUGUAUUUAUCUUUGGGGAACCUGGCCUGGACUUUUAUCCUGACCAAAUGUUUUAUUGGUGAAUUCUGUUGGUCUUAGCGAGAGUAUUCUAGAGUUAACUAGCACAAAACUGAGCAGAAACAUGCCAAUUGUGUUUUAAAAGGUUAAUUCAUAGCUCCUUUAGAAAAGAUCUUUAUUAAAUAGGUUUUUUUAUAUAUAGUUUGAAUUUCUAUGCUCAAAUCCAAUAAACAAGGACUGUAUAAACUUCUAGACAGCUUUAAAAGAAAUGUGAAGCAGUUAAGAAAUUCUAGACAGCUUUAAAAGAAAAUUGAAGGAGUUAAGAAGAGGUGAGGACUGGAAGACAGACAGCUAUGAACACGGGCAGUUAGCACAGCCCUUGUAUUACAUUCCUGUUGCAGUGAAAACCAAGUCCAGAAAUGUGCUUUUCCUGGUGAGAUACUUGCUCCUCUUUAGAAAGUGCCUUCUGCAGCUGAGGGAUGAUGAUAAUCCUCAGGGUGAUGAUGAUUAGAAAUGUUGUACAUAUUUGAAUAAAAUUUCAAGCAUUUCUUUAUGCUGAAGACUUUUAUUGAUGGAAAAACACUGGCAAUUUCCUUUGAAUUUCUCUUGGACACGGUGUAGGCUUACUUUGGGGACUUGCAAACUGCAAAAAUGGCAUCAUUAGAAAGUGAAGCUAACAUAUGAUUCCACCUGAAUAAAAGAUCAUUAAAGUGAAAUGAUGGCAGAUGUAACUGUGAGCUCUAAGGCCUAAUAAGGUAAAUUUUGAAACUAUUCUGUUUAAAAAAAAAAAAACAAACAACCAAUCCCACUUAAAAGGAGAGGAAUUUUAGCAAGGAGGAAGGGAAAUAGGAAUAAUGAGAGCUACCUCACUGAAUGUAUUUCAGGCCUUUCGCAAAGUGUUUUGCACUGUCACUCACUCUAGGACACGGUAUCCGGUCAUAUUUCUGUGCCAGGCAAUUGCUUGCUGUAAGUGGAGACCGAACAAGAGAUCGCCGAUGCAGCAAGCUCCGCAUCAGAACGGCUCUCCUUUCGAACGUGUCGCAGUGAGCUGUGUGGCUGCCCUCGAACAGGCCUCUUCACUGCCUGCGUGUAGAACACGGAUUGACCUCGGCCGUCUUCUCAGCUGCUUUGAGACCUAACAGUGAAAAAUGUGGUGGAUUAACGAAAACUCUUGCACUGAUGCCAGUCCUUCCCAGCAUUGUCUUUUCUGUACUAAGUUGGGCUUGGGUUUAAUACACCUGGGGUUAAUACACAUCCAUCACUUGCCAGCUCCUUCCCCACUUAAGGUUUCAUGUUGAAAAGAAGAUAUUGGAGAACAUCUGGGGAGCCCUUCAACAAACACCAGCCUCCAGUGGGGGGUAAAGGUAAUUCUAGCAAGCAGAAAAAAAUGAUUCCAGAAUACACCACUGUGACUUGGCAGGCACGGAAGCAUGAUAAAAGCUGUGGUAAAUAUUUUGUGUAGUAAAAACUGCCUUACCAGCAUUAAAUGUUUAAUUAAAAUCUAUGCAUUAAAAAUGUCUGUUUUACUGAGAGUAAUAGGGAAAGAUUCUUUCUGUCUUUAUUUCUGUUUUUCGAAAAGGCAUGUCUCUGCCACAA